AGUCAUAUGCGAUGCUGAUUAUUUCAUUUUAUAUCUCGGUUUUCGUCAGUAUUUUCGUAUUUCCUUAAAUAGAACCCAGCGAAAUGAAUUAAGAAAAAAAGCAAAAAUACAUAAAAAGUGGAAAUCAUAUAUAGCAUGUGAAAUAUUAAUAAAAAAUUUGAUAUUUAUUUGAGCAAUAUUAAAAAUAAAUAAUUGCUUUUAGUGUUAUAUUGAAAAUAGUGUGUUCUUUAUUACUUUAUUAAGUCGAAAAAAGGGGGAAACAAUUAAUUAAGUCUAAACGAAAAGAAUCAAACACCAAUUUUUUUUUUAUGAAACAUAAUAGAUAUAUCUAUAUAUAUACAUAUAUAUAAACCAACGAAGUCUGAUACAAUAUAUUUGUGAAUUCGGGAACACAAUAUAGAAAUAAACAAAAAAUUCAGGUACAACAAGAACAAGAACAACAACACAGCAAUAGGAAUUCAAAUACAAGACGACAAUGGAAGCAAUUGCCAAACACGAUUUCUCAGCAACCGCCGAUGACGAACUCAGUUUUCGCAAAAGCCAAAUUUUAAAGAUAUUAAACAUGGAAGAUGACUCAAAUUGGUACCGCGCUGAAUUAGAUGGCAAGGAAGGCCUUAUCCCUAGUAAUUAUAUAGAAAUGAAAAAUCAUGACUGGUACUAUGGUAGAAUAACACGUGCUGAUGCGGAAAAACUCCUCUCCAACAAACAUGAAGGUGCAUUUUUAAUUCGUAUAAGUGAAUCAAGUCCUGGUGAUUUUUCAUUAUCUGUCAAAUGUCCUGACGGUGUUCAGCAUUUUAAAGUUUUACGUGACGCACAGGGUAAAUUCUUCCUUUGGGUGGUUAAGUUUAAUUCCUUAAAUGAAUUAGUUGAAUAUCAUCGAACGGCAAGCGUAUCGCGAUCACAAGAUGUUAAAUUAAGAGAUAUGAUACCAGAGGAGAUGCUCGUACAAGCAUUAUAUGAUUUUGUGCCACAAGAAUCCGGCGAAUUGGACUUUAGACGCGGCGAUGUCAUCACCGUCACAGAUCGUUCUGACGAGAAUUGGUGGAAUGGCGAGAUUGGCAAUCGAAAAGGCAUAUUCCCAGCAACCUAUGUAACGCCAUAUCAUUCAUAAUAAACUUCAGUGGGGGGAUAACGAUAUUAUAUCAACAACUAAACAAAAACAACACAAAUUUAAAUACACACAAAAUGCGUUUAUAUACAAUACAACUACACAUACAACACAUCCACACACAAACUCACCAUUAUUGCCACCAACACCAACUACGUAAAAAUUCAAAAAAAGAGAAAGAAACCAAUUUGAUUAUGUUGGCGAGAUAGAAAGAACAACAAUGAAUGCAAAAACAAAAUCAAAUAACUUUUAAAUGCAUUUUAACGUUUUGCAACUAAAUUUAAAAUUAU